AUGAGGCCUGUAGCAGCAGUGGCCGCCACCUCUGGUGCUGGUUCCGUGUUGUUGUUGUUGUUUUUAUUAAUUUCAGAUCCAGCUUCCUCGUCGAUAUUGUUGUAGGCGGAGGGAAGUGGGAGUGGGUGGGGUUGUUUUUUUUUCCUUCUUUUUAAUAAAACCGAAUAACUUUCUCGCCGCGUCAGUCAGAAGCCGACAUGAAUAUCGACGCCGAGUUUCACAUCCGACAGAAUUACGCGUGGGCGAAGCUGCCCGUGAACGUGAGACAGAGCCUGGGAAACUCUCAGCGCGAGUACGAGCGACUGGUUGUUAAUUACAGCGUCAGAAACCAACUUCGGUACCGAAGCAGUCUGGUGAGGCACAUAAAGAAAGAUGAGCGACGCUACUAUGAGGACCUCCUGCGCUACAGCCGGGAGCACCUCAUGCUCUAUCCCUACCACCUGUCAGACAUUAUGGUCAAGGGACUCCGCAUCACCCCUUUCGCCUACUACUGCAGCAUGAUGGAGGACAUCAUGUCAAAUGAGAGAAGUUAUGACUCCUUGCCCAACUUUACUGCAGCUGACUGUUUGCGACUGCUCGGCAUUGGGAGGAAUCAGUACAUCGACCUCAUGAACCAGUGCCGCUCCUCGAAGAAAUUCUUCCGGAGGCGGCCUGUGCGGGAAUUGUUGCCAAUCAAGCCCGUGGAGAUCACCGUGGAGCCAUGGUGGGUCAUCCAGGCCGGGUUCAUCACUGAGGAUGACAUCAAGGUCUGCAGCAUCGUGGAGAAGAACACCAUCGACAAAAUCAUCGACACGGGGCCACAGCUGGCGGGCUCGCUCGAACACGCCGUGGUCCACCGGCUCUACAAUAAAGGCUUCAUAUACUUGGAUGUACCCAUUUCAGAUGACGACUGCAUUGUGGUUCCACCCCUCGAAGGCUUCGUCAUGAACCGGCUGCAGGGAGACUACUUUGAGACGCUGCUCUACAAGAUCUUCGUUUCGAUCGACGAGCACACCAACGUGGCUGAGCUGGCGAGCGUGCUGGAGAUCGAUCUGUCUCUGGUGAAGAACGCAGUGUCGCUCUACAACCGCCUGGGCUUCGCCCGCAAGAAGGUCCAGGUGCUGACUCAGGAGGCCCUGCACCUGAGCUGGAGGGAGGUGGCACAAGUCAACAGGCUCAGGGCCACGAUGGACCCACAGAAGAUGCUGCUGAGCUUCGAGGGAGUGGACGGAGGCCGCCCGAUGGGACUUGGAGCCUUGCAGGACGCCAACGACACCGACACUGCCAGCCAGGACGAUCCGGGUGAAUAUCCACGGUUGUGCACAGCGAGCGUGAGCAGCCUGACUCUGAGCUGCGCACCGACUCCGGGGACGCACAGCAAGCGCAUCGCCUUCCUCUUCGACUCCACACUCACCGCCUUCCUCAUGAUGGGGAACCUCUCGCCCAAUCUCAAGAGCCACGCGGUGACGAUGUUUGAGGUGGGGAAGCUAUCGGACGAGAGCCUGGACAGUUUCCUUCAGGAGCUUGACAAGGUGCAGAUGGCGGGUGAGGGGGAGGCCCAGAGGUACUUCGACCACGCGCUCACACUGCGCAACACCAUCCUCUUCCUGAGGCACAACCGGGAGCUCACGCCGGACCCCGAGAUGCAUCCCAACGGCCUGCCGCUGGACCUGCUACGCUGCGAAAGCCUCUUGGGCCUGGACCCGGCCACGUGCAGCCGCGUCCUGAACAAGAACUACGCGCUGCUCGUCUCCAUGGCGCCGCUCAGCAACGAGAUCCGCCCCAUCAGCAGCUGCACCCCACAGCACAUGGGUCCGGCGAUCCCAGAGGUGAGCUCCAUCUGGUUCAAGCUGUACGUGUACCACCUCACCGGCUGGGGCCCGCCCUCCCUACUCCUCUCCAAAGGCACACGGCUGCGGCGCCUGCCCUCUAUAUUCCAGGGCUACGAGCGGUUACUCAUUACAUCCUGGGGUCAUGACCCCGGGGUGGUGGCCACGUCCAACGUCCUCAUGACGCUGAACGACGCGCUCACCCACUCUGCCGUCCUCGUUCAGGGACAUGGGGCACAGGCGGACGGCGAAGUCGUUUACGUUCCAUUCCCGAUUGAUGAGCCCAUCAUCAAGGGAGACUUCAGCCUGGAGCACGUGUGCCGGCACCCGGCUGUGCAGGCACUGCGGGAGAAGCUCGACCUCGAGCACUCGUGCGGCUUCAUCGCCAUGGUCACACCGAGGAGUCGAGAGGUCACAGAGGGGCCCCCUGCUGGCACCGCGGAGGAUUCGCCGGCCGACUCGGACACGCAGGGCAGCGCCGACUCGUUUGAGAUUGUGGGCGGCGACGCCGAGGGGGCGGUCGAGAAGACGGCGCCGAGGAGAGCCCCUCCGAGCGCUCCCACAGCCCAGGCGGAUCAUUGGGUUCCGCUGGAACUCUGCUUCGGGAUUCCUCUCUUCAACUCCGAGUUGAACAAGAGCGUGUGCGAGAGGGUGGCCUCCCACUCGCUGUUCCGCAAGGAGAGUUUGGAAGAGCUGCUGCAUUUCAGCCGAAAGCUUUCGCUGCAGCUGCUGGACUUCAUCAGUCACUACCAGGACGGUGGCUCCACGGAGAGCUCCACACCGCUCGCUCCCCAUCCGCCUCCCACAGUCCCCAGCACGGAGCAGGGAGUUUCCAUGCCGGCUGUGAACUUGAUGUUCUCAGCCGGAAAGCUCUCUCACUGGAGGAGCAAACCACCGACGUCUAUCCUCCUCCAUCAGGCCGACAUCACCCGAAAGAACGCCGCAUCGCCGGCAGAUUAACACCGGUCGGGCAUUGGGGUUCGGGGGUCCGGAUUUGUGAGCCUUAGCAGAGUAGUAGGGGGCCCUCCGCGUGUGAACGGGUGAGAGGGCAAGUGCGGGAACAUGUGUAGGGUGAUGGUGUGAGUAACUUGAGUUAAUGAGUGGUUCAGGUCGGUGGGUGGGUGCCUGCAUGGGUGAAGAGCCAGCAAGUUCUGUCGAUAGAUGAGUUGAACACGUGAGUGAGCGAGCGAGCCAGAGAGUGGGUGAGUGUGAGACUGCGUACAUCGUGGAUAGCGCGAGUGAGCGUGCAAGUGUGUGUAUGCGUGAGCGAGUACGCGAGUUUAUGCAUGACUGAGCAAGCUAAAGAGUGAGCCAAUAAUUUAGUAAGUCGCUUAUCUUCAUCAUCGCAAUCUCUCCUAUCCUCUCCUCACCAACCAAGCAUCGACAUCCAGCCGAAAAAAGAACCCUGGUAUAUUUGAGGUGUAGUCUCUGGUUGGGGUAUCCUAUGCUGCUGUUAACAGGUGUAUCUCUUGUUUGGUGGUUGUUACGGUUAUGUAGUUUGUAUUUAUAUACCUGGCUCGGCGAUUUAAAUAAUCGGGAGCCGUGUUGCAUUCCUUUUACGGGAACACCUGUUAGGUUUGGAAGUGAAGUUUUAACUGUGGAGAGGACCCUUAUGUGUUGUAGGUAUUUUUUUUAAAUAGAUUUCUAAGUGGUAAUUGUCUUCUUCAUUACGAUUGCAGUUGCUAGAUCAUGUGGUCGGUCCAUUCACAUCUGUGGCCAUGGUCCAAUUCACACCUCGUAAUGUUUCAAUGUCUUCCUUAUCGUCCUCGUCAUCAUCAUCAUCAUUGUAGCCGCUGGUAUCUGGUGGUUGUAGGAGCAGUCGUCUUAAGUUUGUAUUGUAUUGACAAACUGGACACCGUCCUUUGGAGCCAACCAAUUUCUUUUUCAUGGGGGUGUUUCUAUUCCUGAGCCCACUCUUGAACCACCCAAGAACCAGCCGCGGUAACCCCGUUGUUUUAACAACCUCCGGGCGUAGUGCGCAUUAAGGUAAAUCCACUGGCUGAGCUAAUUCACGCAAGUACUGCUCAUUAGCAUCGCAGCAAAUUAACACUGCCAGGAGGAAAUCCUCGUACGUGGUAUUUACAUGCACCCUCGCAAUCGGCAAAUUAUGAAGGAGUUGAGCCUGUGUUUAUAUCAUUUUUCAGACGGAUAAACACCUCCACGUCCAUUAGUGCAGGAUUAGCAGUCGUUGCGUAGGUGGGAAUUAAAGACAGGCUUGUGUUGUGCGCGUGCGUGUGUGUACAUAUGGGGGGGGGGGGGCAGUAAAACUCGGGGAUCCAAGUUCGAUUCCCGCUCAUGGCCAACACCAGUGACGAUUAUCUGAACCGGUUCUGGGCCUCCCCUAGUUUGACUCGGCCUCAAAUGAGUACCUGGCGUGUAGACAUUACCCCUGGGGAGACAAAGAUGGCCGGGCCUGUUGCUGGCCACCCACUCCCUCGUGUGCCGUGCCGGCCUUCAUAGGUGCUCGCUAACAGCACUUGGCCCAACAAGUCUGUUAAGGCUAUAAGGGAGGGAUCUUUGUCUUUGUACAUAGCAUUUCAUUGUUAAAUAUCCUUGCGCAGUGGCUCCACGUAAGAUGGUAAAUUCCAUAACUGAGUGCAAAGGAACUGCCAUGAAACAUCGUUGUAAUUAUCUUUACGGAGCUUUCAACAGGGUGGGGCGGCGGGGGGGAGCUUUAAGUGCAGUGUUCAUACACGAAGCUUCCUAACGUAGCCUUUGGGUGUAUCGUACUUUGCGUGUAUAUAUGGGUGACAUUUCUAUACAUGCCUACGUGAUUAGCAGCCCGACUUGCUGUACUCUAGCUGGUUACGUUUAUUCUGUCGCUGCAUUCCUGUUAUCGUGAAGCACUUUUUGAAAGGGAAGGGUCUCGUUAAACUAGAGCCAAGCAGUGGUCACACUUGGCUGAAAUAAGGGCAACGUUCUUACAGGAGUUCACGGGAGGUGGCAAAAAUUAUACUAUUUGCCCACGAUCUGUGGGAAUGCUUUUGUGGACCCCAUUGCACGUCACGAUUGCAACACAAACAACUUGGAUUGAUGCAGCCUAUAUAACCCGUGUUAGCAACUGCGUCGCAUCGCCCAUAGGGGGGACCUACCAUCGCCUGUGCAGAUCGUUGGAACAUUCACUCGGCUUUUGAAGAGCGCUCGCUACGCGUUCCGAGUUGGCCGCCGUCCUUUCACCUUGGCUCCGCCUCCCGCAAUUCCCUGUCGCUCGUCACGGUACGGUUUUGCGCCACGACCCCGGCAGGUGCUGCCGCGGUGGAGCCAUGGGUCAGCCCACUGGAUUGGUAAUCCAGAGGACGCCGGUUCGGUUACUUCCUCCGGCGCGGCAGUUAAAACCAUUGGGCAAGUUUCUAAAAUCCUAUGCCCCCGCCAGCAGCAUAAAGAGUACGUGCCAGUCGAUUGUUAGGUCGCAUGCGGUGGGGCGAAGUGUUGGUACUUCUGUCUUUUCCGAGAUGUUAACUGUGGCGAGAUGUUAACCUCCUUGCCUGGUAUACAGGUCAUGGGUUUGUGGGUUUGAUCCCGAAGCUGACGCUUGUAUAUUUGGAGUUUGCAUGUUCUCCCCCGUGGUCGCGUGGAUUUUUCUCCGGGUCCUCCGGUUUUCCACUCCGCAUUUAGAAUCGACAUGCGUUUAAUGAUUUAGCUGAUAUCAAUUUCCACUUAAUAAGCCACUUUAUUCAGCUAUCAUUUGUGAUUGCCAGGUCACGUCCGAAAAGAGCUGUACAGCUCCAUGGGCCUUACCUGGUCAAAUAAAAAUCUUUAAUUUAUGCCUGGCCAACGUGUAAGAGAAGGCCAGCAUACCUCCUAGAAGGGGGGCUGUCUCGAGCUCCCUCUAGUGGAGACCCUUCCGCCAGCAGUAAUGUGAGCAAGCAAUUGCAGGGCUGCACCUUUACCUUACUGUUCACCGUUUGUGACACUUGAAGAUUGAGGAGUUAUUCUGGCGUGGGGAGAUUCUACUGUCUGAUUUGUGUUUCCUUAUUAAGGUUAAUUGGAAUUUGAAACAAGCUUUCGGCAACUUUUACAAUUUUUUUUUUACAGUUUGUGUUUGUGGUGAUCCAGCCUGUCCAUAAAACUUCCCACCAAUGGGAGCAGUCUUGUCCAGGCGGUGCGUACUUUACCCACCCCCAGAGGGAUGAGGAGGAUGAUGAGAGACGCUUGGUCGUGCAAGAAAAUUCUGGGAACCGCCGCUCUCGGUACUGCCAUGCCACUAAUUAAGGACUGUACGACAGAAAUAAUGCGAAACGAUUGCUUUGCUUAAAGUACGAUCACAAACGUGUUACAGUCAUGGCAAAAACAAGUAAUAAUUUGAAAUGAAAUUAAAGGACGGAUCAUGCAGAUAUAGUUGUGUAUUUGCAGCCAACAUAAACAUCAAUGCCAUAGCAAGAGUUAGGGGGCUGGUGGGCCGGUUGCUGCGGACACUGCCUCUCCACGGGGGGCAGCCACCUAGACGCGCAGCAGAAUUGUUGGCAGUGAAACAAGGCAGCGGUGGUGGUGGCGGCCGCCGCUCAAGGUUUUGAUGGGGUGGUGCCGAUACCCCGAACAGUCGUCACUUGUUUGUGGAAUUGCCCAAACGUUUUGAAAAUCCUCUUGAUAGAACGACGUGUCCCAGCGGCACAAGGAAUAUUCAUGACAGUGACGGUGCGAACCCAGUUUUAGUGGCAGGCCAGACGUAGGGGGCGAUGUCUUCGUGAAAUCAAUAUUCCUUGCACGUUUUGCACCCCUGCCCACUGAGAAUUUGUAUUCGCCAAAUUUAAACUGCUCGGUUAAGGGCCUUUUUCAGCCAUGUGUGAUGGACACAGAAUAUUAUCAGGUAUGAACUACAAAUCAUGGCAUGUGAUUCGACCAGUAAUUGGGUUCAACCUAACACCUGCAGCCGCUGGUGAUGCUAUCUUCACUGAAAUGUUUAGAUUUUUUUAAUGGAAUUUGAUCAAUUCAUGACAUCGCUGGGGGUGUGAGUCGUUAAAAUGCUGAAUUGAUAACGCUAGCUGCUGCAAGUAUUACUGAACGGAGCCUUGCAACAGGAAAAUGUUUCAUGAGCUCCAGUAUUCCGCAGUAUUUCCUUUUGCCGUUUCCUGCAACGUUACUCUAUGACGACUGUUUCUUCGUGACGCUUUGGGUAAAGUUUGUUGACCCUGUGCAGUGGUUAUCUCCCCCACCGCCGCUGUGAAUCCCGCCACCCGAGUUCGAUUCCUGACCACAGGCUGAACCUGGGGCCUCGUUUCUCCCUCCACACUUCACCACACCCGCACUGACUAGCGUGACAGAGUGCGGUCAACCCCCUUGACCGACACGGCACAGAGAGAGGCCUUCACCCAGCAGUACAUUUACAAAGGGCUGUGCGUUUUUCUGCACAUAUGCCAACGCAGUCUCUGAACCUUUUAAAGCUUAAAACCGCACAGGAGUUGUGGAGGACUUGUAUAAUUCCCCCCCCCCCCCCACCACCUUGAGACGUGGCCAACUUUACCACUUCCUGACCUGCGUGAACUGUGGUAAAACCCGCAUGGCGUGGGAAGGCCCUCAUCCAGCAGUAAAUUCGAAAAAUGGACGACACGCGCAUACAUGAACAUACGUUGUAAAUGAUCGGAGGGCAAUUAGCCACAUUGGAGAUGUAAGUUACGUGGUUUAGUUUAAUGCCGAUUGUGUCGUUUCUCCGGGUUAACAUUUUUUAAGCCAUCAUUUGUAUACUUGCCAGCUCCACGUGAUACGAUACAGAAAAUGAUCAAUGUCCUUUCUCCGUGCAGGUCACCGUCGACCGAGCUUCUAGCCAGCAUUGGCUUUUUCGCCACUUUAAAUCCAACUCGAGUUGUACUCUCACCUUGUUUGCCCCUAUUUGGCCAGGAAAAGCCAAACUUGCUUUCUUGCAUCCCCCUGCCAUGACUUUUAACCUUGAUAGUAGAGGCUGGUGUUCUGGUUGUUUCCAGAUUCACGUGGAGUGCCUUACCGAAUGAAAUGCAUCUCCCAAAUGCUGGUUAAUCGCAGUCGUCCACUGCUCCAAAUAUCUCUUUUAUUAUCAGCACCCCCCCCCCCUGCCCCUCCUAAUGGGAAACUGUCAGUGUUGAAUUGGGAUUAUGGUGAAAUGGUAUCGAGUAAUGGUGUAAAGCAUCCAUUUGGAUUGGCAAUGCUGAAAAACAUGGGCAGUGGGGAGCUGCUACGACCGGAGUUUGGGUGCCGUUGGUCUCAAAUUUAAAUGCCUUGGGCAUAUUUGGUCCUCUGCCCCCAAGAGGGUAUAAAACACAGCUUCGUGUUGCUGUGGACAGAUAUUUUCUGUAACUAUACACAUCCAUUUCACAUUGAACAAGGGAGCCCAUAGGCCUUUGGUCAUGUUAUAAAAAAAACCGAGUCAUGUGUGUGAUUGUAAACUUUAAAGUGUUCUUUGCGAUGAACCACUGCACUUGGAUUCACAAAAUGUGCAUACGUGUUAGCAGUUGUGGGAUCUUUGUUGAUGGAGUCCUAAGUUUGCUUUGUCUUUUACCAUGGCUGCUUCUUGUUCUUGAUGGGAGGCCUCAACUGCCUUGUCCAACUCUGGGUUUUGACAAGGUUAUGGCCAGGGCCAGACGAACAGCGAAGUGGGGCAUAACAAUGCCUCUUUGCUUCAUAUCGCGUCUUCAGACAGAACCCUACACGUGAGCGAUCAAUAGCGAGACGUGGUUGGUUGCUACCAUAACCGAUGUGUGGACGUCUCAGCAACCAUUUGUACAUCGGGUUGUAUUUAUAAAAGAAAAAAAUCUUAUUUUCAAGUGGCAGUCUGCUCUGAUUUAUCGCAAUGUAUUUCAGCAGCAUGUGACAAUUGCAAACGAAUUGGCUGUUCGUCCCAAAUACGCAGUUACAAUUUCCCUAUUGAAGUUCACCGGCGAUUACGUUGCAUUUUUCAGGCGUGAACCUGGCUUUAAGAUCACAGUACUUGCAUGAAAUCUCUUGCGUAAGAAUCGAUGUUUCCCGAUUGUGUGCGUUGUACCUUGUGAUGGGGCCCAUGUGACUUGGCAGCCGGUUGCUUGCAUUCACCACCACGUUAAAAACACAUCUCUUCCGCAAUGGAGUCGCCGCCCUCAAUCAAGGGUGCUGAUGGUUCGACCCAUAUCGCCCUCACCUGGUUUUAAGAGUACCAAGUUGAGUUAGCGUCUUUGGUGAGCAUGGGGGUUUAGAACCCAUAUUAAAAACUAUUUCCUUCCCCUCGUGGUUGGAGGGGUGACCACUUUUCGUUUCAUAAAGUGAGGGGUUGUGCGUUUUUGCGCUUCUACAUUCCGUUAAAACAGAGGAAUUAAAUGGAAGGUUUAAAGUAACAAAAAAUAUAAACCACCAAAAGCUUUAUUCCUAAGAUUUAGUUGUAUUCCAGUGGUGUACUGGAUAAAUAAAGUUGAUUUGUGAAUUUCUGUGA